ACCCCUUAAUCACCGGCCACUCGGGUCACGUGACCGCUCCUCGUGCAGCCCCCACGAAUCAUAUGUAGUUAACUGUGAGCGAAUGACAGAUAGACGGACAGUUGACUAGACUGCUACUGUGAGGUAACAAACAUUCGCUGGGAUCCGCAGAAGGAGGUUGUACAAUAUUCGCGGCAGUGCACUUCUCCGACGAACGCUCUUCUGAAGUUUACCAGUGCACAGUUAGAUUAUCACGGCGACUGAUUACACACGGGCACAUUGAUUCAUAUUCUUUUUACUUCUAUUUAUAGUGGACGGUUAGGACCAGUUCUUCUGACCGGUGGUGGGCAGACGCAUUAAGUGUGGACACGAGCGUUUGUUAAGACGUAUACAAGACCUACACCGUGUGAUAGCUUUGAAAUUUGAACAAUUAACGUCGAGCGGCAUGCGGCUCGUCUCAAGCGCAGUUUAGCGUGCUUUACAGCGAGUCUGUCUGCAACGACUGCCUGACUCACGGCAGCGGUUUGCAGCGGUUUAGGCCCGCUCCUUUCCUCGGAUCUUUGUGAGCAGAAUUUGACACUCAUUUGGACUGGAAAUUAAGGAGUUUGCAUCUUAGACUUUAUUUUGCGGAGGGAAGACGAGAGGAUUACCGUGGACUUUCCUCGUUGAGGUAUCUAGGUAUCUUCAAGCAGACGGAACAGAGGAAAAUGUUACUGUUAGCAGCUGUGUGCAUCCAAGCUGUCGUGAGCGUCACGGGGCGACUACCGUUACAUUCCGAUAAAGCGACAGAAAUGGACUCUAAAAUCCCUGGCUGUCGACUUGGCAAUGUAUUUCAUGAGAUAGAGGCCAGAUGGAACCCCAGCAUGGAGCCCGUUGGACCCAUGUACUGCGUACAGUGCACGUGCGCGCCGGUAAUGAAAAAGGGGGUUUUGCAACGAAAAGGCCGAGUCCAUUGCAACAACAUCAAGAACAAGUGUCCGAAGCUGACCUGCAGUGACCAAUGGCUUCCGCCAAAGAGCUGUUGUAAAGUCUGCAGAAAUGACCCAAAAGGUGUCACCACGUGGAGCACAGAAGACAAAGCCGUCAGUGACACCAGAUUCGGAGAAAACUCACACAUACAAGUGUUCACCAGUUUGCUGACCGGCAAGGGCGUACCCGAGGCUGUGGCCACCAGGGGCGUGGCCAGAGGCUACUUCACACUUACUGAGGGCUCUUUCCAUUACUCCGUACAUUAUAGCAGACGGUUGGGAUCUCCGACAUAUAUCAGAUUUACGGACGAGAGAGGAGAGACCUAUUACCAAGUGCCAGUGGUGAAAACAGAACAGUUCAAGAACAGAGUAUGCGGGGUGUGGGUUAAUAUGCCGGGAAUUUACCAGAAGUUCCUGGAGAACAGAAACCUUUUUGUCACACUGGCUACAGACAGAUUCCCAAAUGGCGAAAUAUCUGGCCGAGUUAUAACUCACAAAGCUUUGGAAGAAGAAACAUUCAGUGGUCUUCUGGAACCAGAAGUUCCAGACGGAAGUGGUGCAGCGGCCAUGAUGACACUUGGACGCUCAGGGGAUGACCUCAGCUUUGUUGUCAUGUCUGACGGGCUUCUAGCCGAAGGAGAAAGCACAACCAUAACUUUUCUGAAAGACGGCAAACCAGUGAAGAAUCUGAAAGUUAGAGCAUCGUCUGGGUCCACCGAACUGAUAGAGGUCUGGUCAUCUUUGACCACGCAGGAGUCCCGACAGCUGGCCAGAGGGAAACUGACCAUGGUCGUGGUCAGUGAUAAUGGCCGAGAGGUCAAGGGGGACCUAACACCUAAGUUAACGUGUAACGAGUUCCAAGGGGUGCUGUCAGGCAGGGAAAGUCUCGAGAAAUCUCGCACAGCUGCCGCGGGAUCUGCUAUCAUCACCAUAGGACACGAUGGCCGAAUUCACUACAAGGUUCGUCUGCUCGGUUUAGACAGCAAGGUUACCGGCAUGACCAUGGAGGGCGCUCCGAACAGGAAAGGCCGCAGGAAGAGAGUAACUAAGAUGAUCAAAGAUUUCAAAGCUGACAAAGGAUCUUUUGAUGGCUGGGCAAACGGGACGUUCGGAAAACCCAACUCUCGCGAGAUUUACAUGCUUUUACGAGAACAGCUUUUCAUAGAUGUACAGACUGCAAAAAAUCAGGACAGCGCUCUAAGAGGACGCGUCACUCAGCUUCUGUAUGAUGACCGCUUUAACAGGCAUACAGGUCACCCAUUCGUGAUGUCAGGUUCAAACCUCAGCCCACCCCUAGCAGCGGGGACAGCGGGCCACGCCUGGGUCGCUUUCGACCGCGCCUGCGCACUGAACUUCGAGAUCGUAGUUUCCGGUUUGAGUCGUGAAGAUGACGGCACGUUCGUGGCGGAAGUUGGAGACGUGGUGAACGGCAAGACGUAUGAGAAGAAGAUAAGAGGCUUUACAGGUUCUAAGGUAUCGGGCAAAAUCGAAGAUUUAUCAAAGGCUUUCUUCCGUCAUGUGGAGUUGGGCCAAGCAUAUGUGCAAGUCAGCAUAAAAGCACAUCCCAAGGGCGUCAUCCGGGCACCUGUUCAAGCAACUGCGCCUGGAUACUGUUAUCGUGACGCCACUUCCUCACAGUACCCGGAUGCUACAGGACAUAUCCUUGAAGACAUGAGCAACAAUAUGGUGGACGAAUACGUGAGCAUCAAAUGUAAAUACGAGGGCAUGCUUUAUGAAGAUGGCGAAACAUGGGUACCAAACAAAACUGAUGUCUGCACCACUUGCAGUUGCAAGCGUGGACAAACCCAGUGCCAGGCCGUCAUCUGUCCCGCAGCCCAGUGUGACAACCCGGUGACACUUCCUGGAGAGUGCUGCCCCACGUGUGUACAGAAUGAGAAGAGAGUGUCCCCAAGUGACCAAUGUUACUUUCCCGGCGACAAAAAGUGGCACAACGCGGAUACCCCAUGGCACCCUUACGUACACCCGUUUGGUUUUGUCGUCUGCGCAGUCUGCUCUUGCGUGCCGGGAAAGAACGAAUACAACUGCACCAAACUGAGCUGCCCGCCUCUGACAUGUUCCGAACAAGACGCCAUCAGGGUUCGGGAGACAGAUUGUUGUAAAGUUUGUCCAGAAGUGACAGCGCCCCCUGCAAACAGUGUGGUCGACCAGCCAAAGAUGCAGCGAGAUGGGACUAAAGCAGGCUGCCGGGUUGGGGAGAGUUACUACGAGAACGGUGCGGAGUGGAACCCGAGGGUACACUCGCUGGGGGCCAUUAAGUGUGUGACGUGUAAAUGCAAGAAUGGAAAUGCGAAAUGCAGGCGGCCAAGAUGUCCAAAACUUUCUUGUAGGCGAAAGAAGAAGGUAGAAGGUUCGUGCUGUCGAGUUUGCUCAGAAGACCAGUCUCCCAGGCGAGGGAGGAGAAGAAAGAACAGAAGAAAGUCUUCCAGACAACAAUCUACACAAUAAAAUAACAUGUAAUCGAAACUAGCAACGGAGAGAGAGAGAGGACUCUAGUUUAUGAAGCCAGAACAAGAUUCUCCCAAAUACAGUCGUCUCGCUGUUGAAGUGACCGUCAUAUUGAGACCUUUGAGCAGGAGCAUAGCAGCUUUUCUUAUUUUUUGAAGCACAAAUGAAACAGCGGUCGAUCCUCUUGGCUUAUAUCGCCCCGCUUCGCUGUGCAGUACGUAGUACUCGCUGAUCUGCCUCUUCCUGCCCUAAAACGCUGCUGACGUAUGGACUUGGUGCACACUUACAAGCGAUUACGUGUACUGUGCGUUUUUAUGACGGAAACAAAUUUGGGUUAAAUCGCCCAUAAAAUUCACAGAUUCACUUAGGGUGUAAAAACAAGGACGCUCAAGGCGCAAUAACGGAGUUUUCCUAUUGUUAGACGUUCCAAGUUAUAAUUACGAACUUGAAAUAAAAAAGGAUGGAUCCAAAAGUCGUAAUAUGAUUGGAUGCCCAAAAGGUGACCAUGUUUAUUAUAAGCGAUUGCACACAAUUGGUCAAACCGGUUGUUGUGUUCACGGACGCAAGAACAAUUGAAUGGUGUCGAUUUAAUAUAAUUGCAACUGCUUCAGUGAAUGUUUUCAGUUGCGCUUAGAUAGAUAUGAUUUUGCAUUUAUGAUAUAAGUAACAGUUGCGAGAAAUUAUCUAUAGUCGCACUAUGUUAUGGCCAGGUCUUGCCAAUGAAGCAUAAUUCGAAGCAGUUACACUGCAACUUGUAAAAUAUUGCUGUACAUAUGUUAAAGUUGUAUAGAAGAAUUUACGUGUGUUAUUUAUAUGUCGGUAAAGACGGUUGUAUAUAUGAAUGGCAAAGGAUGAUAAGUAAGCAAUUCGCAAUGAAUGAACAAAUUAACAUGACACACGUUUUUUCCAUGAAAUAGAAUGUUAAUGUUCCGACUAUCUCAAAAAUACAGAUGGAUGCUGGAAUGCCUUUUUAGGGUAAUCGGCAAAAGUGCAUUACGUAUUUAGUAAAAGUGAUCUAUUACUUGCUCACCUAGAUUUUGUAACUGAUAAAAUGCAAAAUAACUGGCACAUGAGAAUAAUUUUGGUCAGACGUGACGUUGUACAUGGUUUGCAAAAAUAGGUUUCCAAACGGAGAAGUGUUGACUGUCAGCUAUCGUAUUCAAACAUCACGUGUAGUUCAACAGUGUGCGCCAAAGUGCCACGGUUCGUCACAUGAUUUGUUGUCAUUUACGUCUGCUUCGCCCAUAGGACGCUCUGAGAUGUACUUUUAAAAAAGGUAUUAACUGCUAACACAUUUCACAUAUUGUAUAUAACUUGCAAAUGCUAUGUACAUAAUCCGAAGCCUUACAAUGUGUUCACUCGCGAUCGUUUUGAUCAUCCCUGUUGCGCAAGGAAAAUAAAAAAGGUGACAAAGACAAA